CUGCUUUCGGCUAGACUUUCGACUGCUGCUCGCGACACAAAAUCAUGCUUGCCCUCGCCUUCGCCUCCAUCCACGCUGCUCCCGUCUUGAAGAUCGCCUCGGCGCCACCCAACACGUGCGCUCCGAACCUGAGCAACUCAAGCUACGGUCAAUCUCACGAUCCGGACGAGCCGUGUUGCUGCGUGACCGAUGCGCGUGUGAAGCACGACUACGACCCGAGCAACCCCACUUACACAUGCGAACCCAAGCAAGAUCCCUUCGGCAAGCCCAUCUUUAGCAUGACGCACUACUACGAUGGCUGCCGCCCAAGCUGCGCGUUCUCGGCACAUGCCACGAGGCUCGUCAGAACCUGCGAGGCCGACGGUGUGACCCCAUACACCCCCAAGGAUGACGACGACAACGUGUGCCAAGGCGGCACGGCGACCAGUACCCAUGGAUUGAGGACCGAGUGCUCUACGGCUUCGUGGCCGCCGUGCGGACAGUGCUACGAGCUCACGUUCACCGACGCACGCAACAUCGACUCCGCCAUCGUGAUGAACACCAACGGCGGAGACAGCAGCAAGAACAACAUGGACCUGAUGGUGCCCGGCGGUGGGCUUGGCGCGAACACCAACGGGUUGACGGAGUACUCUGGCUGGGGUGAGUUCUACGACAUCUGCCCCAAGGACGGCUCCCCAUCGCAGUGCGCGGUGUCCGGUGGCCUCGAGGACGAGUCGCUUUGCGACACGAUCUGGGGCGGCGCCGACGGCGAUCACAAGGCACUCCAGGCCUGCCACAAAGUGCUGUUCGGUGUGUUCGGACAGCUUGGAUGCAACCAAGGCGCCUUCCCGCACAACCUCCAUGUCGCAACGUCCAAGCCGGUCGACUGCCCGCAAACGCUGCUCGACCGUGCCUACGGGCCGGUCGCGUGAGUAGGCUGAUCGGCAG